AUGGCGAAUCUACCACUAAAGUCUCCGACCAAUCCACAUUUCUUCCAGCCACUUCUUUCCAGUUUUGACACCCACCUCAAAAUACCUAUUGCGUUCUUCUCGAAGUACAUAGAAGGACAAAACGAAAAGACAACGGUGAAACUUAGAUCGGACACUUCAGAUAAAACAUCGGACGUGAAAAUAGAUGGCCGGAGAUUGACCAAAGGUUGGAAAGACUUUGCUACAACACAUGAUCUUCGAGUCGGCGACAUUAUCAUUUUCAAACAUGAAGGAGACAUGGUGUUUAACGUCACUCCUUUCGGUUCUAGCUUCUGUGAGAUUCAGUACUCACAAUCUCACAUUAUCAAGGAAGAAGACGACGACAUUGUUGAUAUUGAAGAUGACAAUCAUCUUCCCGCCAAAGCUGCGAGAUCUAAUAUUCUGAACAAAGGAUCUCACGAGAUGAUAAUAGUCAACAAAGAAGGAAAGUCAUGGACUUUAACUUUGAAAGUUAGAGAAUCAGACAAAAGUUAUUACAUCAGAAGAGGCUGGAGAAGUUUAUGUCAUGAUAACAGACAAAGAGUAGGAGAUCUAAUCGUGUUUAAUCUUGUUGGAGAUGGGAAAGCUACUACAAUGCUUUGUAUUUGUCCUGAAGAUAAAUGUUCAUAA